AUGGUGGGGGUGCUCCGGAGGACCCGCUGGACCCAGGUGCCCGCCGCCGAGAGAGAGACCGAAGGGCACCGCUGGAUGUUGGUCACCAUUGCUGUGUCUGCCGGCGUCCUGGUUACCGCCUGCCUCCUGUGGGCUUUCUGGUGCUGCUGCUGCCUCCGCCGCCACAAGCCCAGAAGCCAGGAGACCGUGAGCCUGGCCAGUGCCCGGGGCCCCACCAGAAGCCACAUGAUGAGAAGCAGGCUGGUGCAGCCCGACGUGGGUGAGCUGGGGAGCAGCGUGGGGGGCCCUCAGCUCUGGGGACGCCUGCUGCUCUCCCUGAAAUAUGACUCCGGGAGGGAGGAGAUCAGAGUGGGCUUAAAGCAGGCUGCCGAGCUGAGGGCCCCGGCACCCGGUCACUCUGCUGACCCCUACGCCCGCGUCAGCAUCUCCACGCAGCCUGGGCAGAGGCAUGAGACCAAGGUGCCCCGGGGCACUCUCAGCCCCCUGUUUGAGGAGACCUGCUGCUUCCAGGUCCUGCGCUCUGAGCUGCUUCGGGCUGUCUUGUGGGUGCAGUUGCUGGCCUUCAACCGCUUCUCCCGACAUACCCCGCUCGGUGAGCUGCACCUGCCGCUGGGCACCGUGGACCUGCAGCACGUCCUGGACGUCUGGCGGGAGCUGGGCCCACCUGCCCCCUGUCCCCUCUUGGGCUGGAGAGUGGAAGGUGGCCCCAGGCUGGGCUCUGAGCUGGUCUGCUCCAACCCUGUGCAUCCAGAGCCCUAUGUGAAGGUCCAGCUCCUGCUUCACCAAAGGAAGUGGGACAAACGGAAGAGCUCCGUGUGGGGGAAGACCACAGCCCCCUACUUCAAUGACACCGUCACUUUCCACAUGCCCCUCAGCCAGAUCCAGAGCGUGGACCUGGUACUGGCCGUCUGGGCCCGAGGCCCGCAGCUCCGGGCUCGCCCCGUCGGGAAAGUGCUACUGGGCCCCCGGGCCUCUGGUCAGCCCCUGCAGCACUGGGCGGACAUGCUGGCUCAUGCCUGGCAGACUGUCGCCCAGUGGCACCACCUGUGGCCUGCCGAGGAAGUGGAGCGGGCUCUGGGCCGGCAGCCCCACUGGCGUCUGCCUCUGCCCCACUCCUGA